AUUGUCUCAGUGUCUGGGUCCUGGCCCUGGGAGGAGGGGACAGUGGGGAUAGGAGUGGGGAGGGGGCUCAGGCUGAAAGCAGAGAGAGACCCAGCUCCAGGAACACGAAGGCAAGGACAUUAGCCUUCAGCCUUGACCCCAGAGCUUGGCGCGCCAGAACCUGGGCUCCCCAAAGCAAGACCAGGGCCUCCACAUUGUGCGCCAAAGUGCGGGGUGGGGAAUGCCCACAGCCCAAGGGCCCCCAGGCUGAAGGCAGGAGACUGGGGCUGCUGGGGAAGUUGCCCAGGCUGAGGGGCUGGGCCUGGCAGGGACAUGGGGCUGCUGCUGCUGCUGCUGCUGCUCCCAGGCUGGGGCCGUGCUGCAGGCUCCGAGCUGGCCUUCGUGCAGGAGCCGGGGGACACAGGGGCUGUGCGGGAGCACCCACUGGUGCUGCCCUGCCAGGUGGAGGGUGAGCCGCCUGUGUCCAUUUCCUGGUAGCGGGAUGGGCUGGCCUUAGCCAAUGACAGUGGUGCCACCGUGAUGCCAGAUGGCUCCCUGCAUCUGGCCACCCUGCCUUCCCGCCGGAGCCUCCCUUCCCGUGCCCACGAGUACCACUGUGUGGCCCAGAACCGCUAUGGGCGGCUGGUGAGCCGACGGGCCCGGGUACAGCUGGCAAGUCUGUCCCGCUUCCACCAACAUCCAGAAUCCGUUGAGGUGGAGCGGGGUGGAGUUGCUCGCUUCCAGUGCCUGAUCCAGGGGGUGCCUGAGCCAUCCAUUUCCUGGGAGCACAAUGGCACAGCCCUGAAUACUGCCAACCACCGGUGAGCACCUGCCAGGAGUGCAAUGGGACGGUGGGCUGUGGGCCAGGGCACAGGCCAUGGAGCCCUGACCUCUGCAUCCUCAGGGUCACACUGCUGCCUAGUGGCAUCCUCCACAUCACCAGUGUGAGCCAGGCUGACGUGGGAACCUACCGCUGCGUGGCACGGAAUGUGGCCAGUACCCACCACAGCCAGGAUGCCCAGCUGACCCUGAGUGUGGGACCCCCGAGGCUGCUGCAGGAGCCAGAGAUCCUGUCCGGGCCUCAGAACCUGACCCUCACAGUGCACCAGACGGCAGUGCUGGAGUGCAUUGCCACCGGUCACCCUCGGCCGCUUGUCUCCUGGAGCCGCCUGGGUGCACAGCCUCCCCCCCGCCCCUGUCUCUCAGAGCCCUGUGCCCUUGUCCUAUCCCAGCCUGACCCCCCAACGCCUUCUUGCAGAUGGCCGCUCCAUCGGCGUGGAGGGCAUCCAAGUUCUGGGCACCGAGAAUCUCAUGAUCUCCGACGUGUCAGUCCAGCACUCAGGUGUCUAUGUCUGCGCCACCAAUCGGCCAGGCACCCGUGUCUGGCGCACAGCGCAGGGCGUCCUGCUCGUGCAGGCUCCCCCUGAGUUUGUCCAGUGGCCACAGUCCUUAUCCAAGCCUCGGGGCAGCAGUGCCAUCUUCACCUGCAUGGCCCAGGGCGUUCCUGAGCCCCGUCUGGUCUGGCUGGAGAAUGGGAAGGUGUUGAGUCCUGGGGAUAACAUCAGGCUGACUCACAACAAUAGUACGCGGAUGCUGGCAGGGGUUUCAGUUGAGGAUGAGGCCAUCUAUCAAUGCGUGGCAGAGAACAGCGCGGGCUCCAACCAGGCCAGUGCCCGCCUGGCUGUGAUGCAGGCCCAGAGCCACCCCCUGUCCCCAGGGGCCUGCGUGCCAUGGCUCUCUCUACUUCUGCCAUUCGAGUGUCCUGGGAGCCAACCCCCUCCAGUGGGGAUAUCACUGGCUAUGUGCUGCACCUCCGGCCUGUGGGAGAUGGGUGUGGGUGGGUGGAGAGGGCUUUGAGCUCAGAGCAGGGCCAGGGGCCAGGAGUCCCUGGCACCAGCCCACCUCUGCUCCUGACUGCUGAUGUCCUGGGCGAGUCCCUCUCACUCUCUGGGCCCCAGUCUCCUCCAUGACCCCAGACCCUUCUGGAUUCUUCCCAGGCCUCUGGGCCUGUGGUUCUCUGGGCUGGCUGCCUCUGUACAUGGUCUUUUGGUGCUUCCUUACUGCUUUUCAGCUUGACUCUAGGCCCUUUCCUCAUCCUCAUCCUCAUCCUUUCUCAGCUUAGCUCCAACUUCUGUAGCUCCCUUCCCUGCUCUCCUUGGAGACUUGGCUGGCCCAGCCAGGCACCAAGAGGGGCUUCGUCCCCAGUUUGUGAGGGUGCGGGGACAUGGCUAGUGAGAAGAUGCUGCUCUGCUCCUCAGAGCCAUCUGGCCCGGAGCUCCAAGAGGCCGUAAGCAAAGGCACCUCUGAGCACAUCUUCUCCAACCUGGAGCCUGCCACAGCCUAUACCAUCCAUUUGCGGGCCUACUCAGCAGAGGGUGCCAGUCAGGACUCUGCUCCCAUCUUUGCCUCCACCACGGGCAGCACCCCUGCUGCCCUGGGCUUCUCCACCAAAGUGUUCAAUGCCACCUCUGUGCAGGCGUCCUGGGAGCUGCCACCCCAGCUGGGGCCCAUCCAAGGCUUCAAACUCUUUCACCGCAAGCUGCCUGCUGCCCAUUUUGAGGGGCCUCUACUCCUGGCCAGCAGUGUCAGCUCCUUCCUCUACACAGACCUGGAACCAGCUGCCCUCUAUGAGAUCAAGCUGCAGGCGUUCAAUGGCAGUGGGAAUGGAAAUAGCAGUGCCUGCUUUGUCUCAUUGCGUGAUGUGUCCCCGGCCACUCCUGAUGGCACAGUGUCCACAGAGUCCAAGACUGGGUGCUCUUGCAGCCAGGGUGAGAGCAGCCCACUGCCUGGGGUUGUGGUGGGCAUCCAUGUGGGCCUGGCUGCCCUCAUCGUUUGCCUCCUCUGCCUCUUCCUGGGCUGGAGACAUAGCCUCCUCUGCAAACAGGAGUCCCAGGAAUGCUGGGCAGUGCCUCGGACUGCCUCGGACAGAGCUGGGCGCCGUCAAGGCCAGACUCAGAGUGGAGGGAAGCCAGGGGAGAAGACUGAACUCACCACCCAGGUGACUGUGGAACAGCUGGCCUUGGCCUAGGGCCCUCCAAGUUGGCUCCCUCCGAGACGCCACUAAUUCCAGAUACACCAAAGAAUCUACCUCACCUGUCCCUGUCACCCCGGAGUCAGGAAAGAACCAGAAGUCCCUCAGCUCCUCUCCGGGGAGGGGCAGGACUGGCCAUAGCGGGAGAGAAGAGGGUGUGGUUUCUCUGUUCCUCCCAGACCUCAAGAAAUGGGAGAAUCUGCAUCCCCUCCCCCAACACACCAAGUAACCUCAAAGUAAACCAAGCCCAGCUGGGAGUUACCCCCAACCCAGUUACUCCUGCCUCAUAAGCCCAUCCAAUAUAUUCACCUCUUCUUGAUACAAAUAUGAACCUGCCCAAAGACACAUAGCUUUAAGGGUUCCCCACAAAGUGGGGGUAGGGAAAGAGGCUCUGUCAUCACCUCCAUCUCACAACCUGAAGCCCUCCAGUCUAAAAUCUGUCUCUGUCUCCUCGUGCCCAAGCUGAGCUCUGCCCAGAGACAGGCGACCUGCAUUCUUUGUGGUCCAAAUGGGCAGGUGGGCAAAGGGGGUGCUGAGUUUCUUGCCCCCCCUUCUCCCUACAACAUGAGUCUUAAAUAUCUGAGCUCAUAUGAGCUUCUCUGAGAAACCAAAUACCCAUUUCCCCCUUCCCAGAUCCAAAGCAGUGGCUCCUCCUCAGGGGGGCCUCCUUACCCAUUUUAUUUUUGAAAGAGAUUAGUUUGAGUCAGGGUUUUGGCAGUCUUGAAUCGCCUGCAGAAUGAGCACAGAGGCUGGGGAGCACUCCCCAUCUCCCCUCCCUCAACUCUUGGGGUCCAAAGAGCACCUCUUUCCCACUUCUCCCUCUACCAGCCUAUGGCAUCCAGGGCACCAUAGUCCCUCCUCAUCCAGCUCUGCCAUGCUCCAAAGCCAAAGCCCCAGCCACUCCCUCAAUCACUCUCUCUCCAAGGCUGCCCAGUAUUAUGCCAAAAAGGGAAGGGUCUUGGGGGAAGGAAAGCCCAUGGCUUAGAGGACCCCAAAACUGUCUCCUGUGCUCUUAUAGAGUAAUGCUAGUACCAAUGACAAGACUCCAGAAAGGCUGGGCUCUGGUCCUCCACAAUAGUACCCUCUGCACAAGGCACAGCAGCAGCUGUAACUAAAAAACAUGGCUGAGGAGCAAGAGGGCUAAGAAUAGCCCCAAACAUCAAGUCCUUGAGGAAAUGACAUCCUCUUCUCUGGUUGGGCCUGGUCUAACUGCUUUGUUGGAAAUAAAUAACCAAAACGGAAAAAAUAAA